CCGCACUCUCAGCUGCUUGUUCGCCGGUGACGUCAUCCCGUGCAGCGGCGGAAGAUGGUGGACACUAUACCUCUCCAGCCGGUGCAGAAAAGAGCGGCCUAUUACACGGCAGACAAGAGUAAGAGGAGGUAUCAAGAUGAAGCAUCUCCACUGGAUGAAAUGCCACUGAUGAUGUCAGAAGAAGGUUUUGAGAAUGAUGAAAGUGAUUAUCACACUUUACCAAGAGCCAGGAUAACUCGCAGAAAAAGAGGAUUAGAAUGGUUUCUCUGUGGAGGCUGGAAAUUCUUGUGCACCAGCUGUUGUGACUGGCUAAUACAUGUUUGCAGAAGAAGGAAAGAACUGAAAGCUCGAACUGUGUGGUUGGGAUAUCCAGAGAAAUGCGAAGAAAAAUAUCCAAGGAAUGCUAUAAAAAAUCAGAAGUACAACAUCUUUACAUUUAUACCUGGGGUUUUGUAUCAACAAUUCAAAUUUUUCUUGAAUCUAUAUUUUCUGGUAGUUGCCUGUUCUCAGUUUGUGCCUGCUCUUAAGAUAGGCUACUUGUACACCUACUGGGCCCCACUGGGGUUUGUUCUGGCUGUCACAAUGGUGAGGGAAGCAGCAGAUGAAUAUCGAAGGUUCCAGAGAGACAAAGAGAUGAACUCACAAUUAUAUAGCAAGCUUACCAUUAGAGGUAAAGUGCAAGUGAAAAGUUCAGAUAUUCAAGUGGGAGACCUGAUCAUAGUAGAAAAGAAUCAAAGAAUCCCAGCUGACAUGGUGUUUCUGAGGACUUCAGAGAAAACCGGUUCAUGCUUCAUUCGAACUGACCAGCUAGAUGGUGAGACAGACUGGAAGUUGAAAAUAGCUGUCAGCUGUACCCAGAGACUACCAGCAUUGGGAGAUCUCUUUUCAAUCAAUGCGUAUGUUUAUGCUCAGAAGCCACAACUGGAUAUUCACAGUUUUGAAGGUAACUUUACACGGGAAGAUGCAGACCCAUCUAUUCAUGAAAGCCUUGGUAUAGAAAACACCUUGUGGGCAAGCACAGUGGUUGCAUCUGGCACUGUAAUAGGUGUUGUAAUUUAUACCGGAAAGGAGACAAGAAGCGUAAUGAAUACAUCUAAUCCCAAAAACAAGGUGGGCCUCCUGGAUCUGGAACUGAACCACUUGACAAAGGCGUUAUUUCUGGCUCUGGUGGCGCUCUCUGUAGUGAUGGUCACCUUGCAGGGGUUUGUUGGCCCAUGGUAUCGCUACCUCUUCCGGUUCCUCUUGUUAUUUUCCUACAUUAUUCCGAUAAGUUUGAGAGUCAACUUGGACAUGGGGAAAGCUGCAUAUGGCUGGAUGAUCAUGAGAGAUGAGAACAUACCGGGCACAGUGGUGAGAACCAGCACCAUUCCUGAAGAGCUGGGACGUUUAGUCUAUUUACUUACCGACAAAACAGGAACACUUACCCAAAACGAAAUGGUCUUCAAGCGUCUUCACCUUGGCACCGUGUCCUAUGGUACAGAUACAAUGGAUGAAAUCCAGAGCCAUGUAACGAGCUCCUACUCACUGGUGCCGCCCCAAACAAAUAAUAACAAUACCAGUGCAACUCCUUCAAAAAAAGUCCAAUCUUCAGCACCUAAAGUCCGUAGGACUGUGAGCAGCAGGGUCCAUGAGGCAGUGAAAGCAAUUGCUUUGUGCCAUAAUGUUACUCCUGUCUAUGAAUCUCGUGCUGGUGUGAAUGGAGAGGCAGAGGGUGCUGAAGUGGACCAGGACUUCAGUGAUGAAAACCGCACCUACCAAGCCUCAAGCCCUGAUGAGGUUGCACUCGUGCAGUGGACAGAAAGUGUUGGUCUCACUCUUGUUAACAGAGAUCUGACAUCCAUGCAACUUAAAACCCCCAGUGGACAGAUUUUGACAUUCUUUAUUCUCCAAAUCUUUCCCUUUACUUCUGAAAGCAAACGGAUGGGCAUCAUAGUCAGAGAGGAAUCAUCAGGAGACAUCACAUUCUAUAUGAAAGGUGCUGAUGCUGCCAUGGCUAGCAUUGUACAGUAUAAUGACUGGUUGGAAGAAGAGUGUGGUAACAUGGCGAGAGAAGGACUGAGAACUCUGGUUGUUGCCAAAAAAUCUUUAACCGAGGAACAGUAUCAAGAUUUUGAGAAUCGGUACAACCAAGCCAAGCUAAGUAUACACGACAGAGCUCUAAAGGUGGCAGCGGUGGUAGAGAGCUUGGAAAGGGAAAUGGAGUUACUAUGCUUAACUGGUGUGGAGGAUCAGCUACAGGCCGAUGUCCGGCCCACCCUGGAGAUGUUGAGAAAUGCUGGGAUAAAGAUAUGGAUGCUUACUGGAGACAAGCUGGAAACAGCAACAUGUAUAGCAAAGAGUUCUCAUCUAGUAUCACGCAACCAGGACAUUCACAUUUUCAGACCAGUGAGUAGUCGAAGUGAAGCUCACUUAGAACUAAACGCUUUCCGAAGGAAACACGAUUGUGCCUUAGUGAUUGCCGGAGAUUCCCUUGAGGUGUGUUUGAAGUAUUAUGAGCAUGAAUUUGUGGAACUUGCCUGCCAGUGCCCUGCCGUUGUGUGCUGCCGGUGUUCACCCACACAGAAAGCUCAGAUUGUGAAGCUCCUACAGCAGCAUACAGGAAGACGCACCUGUGCCAUAGGUGAUGGAGGUAAUGAUGUGAGCAUGAUCCAAGCAGCUGACUGUGGCAUUGGCAUAGAGGGAAAGGAGGGGAAACAAGCUUCCCUUGCAGCUGAUUUUUCUAUAACCCAGUUUAAACACAUUGGAAGAUUACUAAUGGUGCAUGGUCGAAACAGCUAUAAAAGAUCAGCAGCACUGGGUCAAUUUGUCAUCCACAGAGGCCUUGUUAUCUCCACUAUGCAGGCUGUGUUUUCCUCAGUCUUCUAUUUCGCAUCUGUUCCUUUGUACCAGGGAUUCCUAAUGGUAGGGUAUGCAACCAUCUACACAAUGUUUCCGGUUUUUUCAUUAGUACUGGAUCAAGAUGUGAAGCCUGAAAUGGCUCUGCUGUACCCAGAGCUUUAUAAAGACCUCACAAAGGGAAGAUCUUUGUCUUUUAAAACCUUCCUCAUCUGGGUUUUAAUCAGCAUAUACCAAGGUGGCAUAUUAAUGUACGGAGCUCUCCUGCUCUUCGAGUCUGAGUUUGUCCAUGUGGUUGCCAUCUCCUUCACUGCCUUGAUUUUGACAGAAUUGCUAAUGGUUGCAUUAACUAUAAGGACAUGGCACUGGCUGAUGAUUGUGGCUGAGUUUUUCAGCCUUGGCUGCUACAUGGCUUCACUUGCUUUUCUUAAUGAGUAUUUUGGUCUUGGUAGAGUUUCAUUGGGAGCUUUCUUAGAUGUUGCUUUUAUUACAACACUAGCCUUCCUGUGGAAAGUGUCGGCCAUCACCGUUGUCAGCUGUCUUCCCCUCUAUAUUUUGAAGUACUUGAAGCGCAAAUUCUCUCCUCCAAGUUACUCCAAGCUUUCGUCCUAGCUCAGGACCUAUGGCACUGCAGGUAUAAGAUGCCUCACGUUGCCUCGCUGCGUUCUAGUGACUUCAGCCUUAUGAAUGAAAUAGCGACAGGGGGCCAAAGAGGAGAAGAGCACAAGUCGAAGGCUUUUAUACAAUACCGAAUGAGAGGACGGCGUUAUAACUGAUACAAGUCAGUAAGAAAGAGAAUGUCCGACCUGCUUUAUAUUCUACCAUUGUUUUACUAAGCAUGGGACCCUGACAUUUUUGGUCACUAUUUUGUUUUUAUCCCAUAAUCCUUUAUUCAUCCUUAUAAUUUCCUUGUAUGCUGCUAAUUUAUUUCUGAUCAUGCACUAGAGGCCGUGUAUAUACAAUGUAAUAGAAUCACUAUGAAGAGAGCUAUUACUCCUAUGUUACAUCAUGCGUCACAUAGGAAACCCUGAUUUACUACGCUUGAAAGGGUUUCUUAAUAGAUACAGCCUUUCCUUCAUAUACCGUAAUAUGCAGCAUAGUAUAGGAAGCAGUGGAAUGGAGGUACUUUAUCAUGUAUCUCAGAUGUCUUAUUUGAUAGGCUGUAGUCUGAGGAGUACAGUGUUAGAACAGUGCCCUUAACCAGGCCCCAUUGUUCCCAUAUAAAAUCAGUUUGAAUUAUUGAAAAGGUUUGGUAGGAUUUUUCUAAACAAGACUCCAAUACCAGAACACGGCUCUAGCUUCCUGACCUAUACUAUGACAAACUGAAAUCCUUUGGAGCUAUUCUGUAUGUUAAACAUUGUCAUGCACUACAUGGCAGACUGGUAGUGCUACAGACUAUACCAAUCUGUUAUACACCCCAGGUAGCCAGGUAAUCUAUCCAGAUGGAACUCCUUACAGUUAUCUCUGGUAUUACUAAAGCAGGCCUUCCACCAAAUUUCCUUCCACAAAUCUACAGUUUUAGGGGACCAUCUUUGUAUUGUUAUAUACAUUUCUGCUAAAUAUGUUGGUAGAUGACAUCAUUUCUAGUGGCAACUGAGAAAUCUUAAAAGGGUUUUUUGAGUCUGCUUGCCUGCCCCUAUAUUACCGUCUGUAAGGUUGUGCUGUGAUUACUCACAGUCUUCAUACACAGCAGAAAUCUGCUACUGACACAUUGUAGUGCUGUUCCACUACUCAUUGGAGACUGCAUCUGCUGCCCAGCAUGUAAAACACAAUCCCUCCUGAGAUAGGGGUGGAUGGCUGAGUGAAGAAAAGAGGCAUGUGACAUCCUUUUCUUCAGGGAGGGAGAGCGGGGCGAUAAUCACAUGUUCAGAUUGUCACAAAAGCAGCAUGUGGGACUGGCUCAGAGAGGCAUCCUAGCUACAUGGGACUUAAUGACUAAUCUUUCUUCAUGUAUUUUAUUGAAAAGAUCAGAAAACCUCAUUAACUUAGAUCAUUAAAGUUUUUUUUUAACUAAUUCUCAGUCAUCUUAUGAGCCUAACCCUGUCAGCGUUUUGCCGUAUAAAUUAAACAUUUUUGUUCUUACAGUCAAGACUAAGGGCAUGGUUAGAAGGACUUUUAGCCCAUACUCCAGAGCACUGUUUGGACAGGAAGUGUAUUAGGAAGUAUUUUUCCCCCAGUUGAGGGCAAUUUAACUUUUGGUUAUAAUUCCUUGAAAUUGAAAGUUUUUCUCUCCUGAUAUGCAAAUAGAUAGGAUCAUGGACAUUCUUGAGCUGAUACCGCUGCCGAUUUUUGUAAUGAAGGGACCAUGACCUUUGAAGUAACUGAGAGAUCUCCGUAUCUCUGUGUUAGGUAGAUUGCACUCCCAUUUAAAGCAUUGUGACUCUGUAGCCCCUUUAUUACAGUAAUCAGCGGGGCAAUAGCUAUAGGUACUGGUUUAAUAACCACUCCGUUUUCUGUUAAGCAGACCACUAGAAAAUGUGAUUGACACAGUGCACUGCCCGACACCAUACAUAGCCCAUACAUUAUACACACAAACAUACACCAUCUGACUAUACAUGCAUACUCACUGUAUGUAUAGUUAGACUGGCAGAAGUCAAAAUGACCCCUAUGUUGUGUCCCAAACAGUAUCAGGGAACAGUUCCUUGCAGAAGUUCCAAACAAUUAAAGUUGAGUUAGUUCUUAGUACUUCUUCCACCCUUGAUAACAUUCAUCUGCCCAUUGGUGAGUAUGCACUAAUAGGUUUUCUAUAGAGAUUGUCAGGAUUAUGAUGACAUAACAUAAUACAAUAUCCACAGUCCAGAGCUGUACAUUCCUCAUCAUACAUUGGGUUUGUCAUGAUGUUAACUUACUCUCCUUGUAAUUUGCUUACUUUGGUUACUCAGGUAAAGAAAUAAUGUAAUGUUCUAUUUAUUAUUGUUAGGUUGGAGGACUCCUUUAUCUUCCGUUGGUUAUUGCUUAUUUUUAUCUUGAAUUUCUGUACUGUUCUGUAUUAUGGCAGGGUAUCAGACCACAAUGAGCUGUGGCACUUGUACACAUAAGACCAUCUCAUCUUUUCAUUGUGCUAGAUUUGGCAUUCUGAUUAGAGAUGAGCGAAUCGAAUGCCACAAAGUGGAAUUCGAUCCGAAUUUCAGGAUAAAUUUGAUUCGCUGAAUUUCCUAGUGCUUCGUGUCAGCGAAUUGAUCUAACCUGAAGUAGUGUAAAAAACAAAAAGAAUUCUAACUUACCUCCUCCAUUUGCUCGCUACGGGCCGCCAUCCCCCAUCUUGGUUUAAGAUCUCGGCCGAAAAACCCGCUCUAGAUCUUCAAGCAAGAUGGCGGCGGCCGGCCCGUUGUGAGCAAGUGGAGGCGGUAAGUUUGAUUUCAUAUAUAUUUUUUUAUUGUUAAUUUUACUUAGUUUUUUCACUCAGAUGCCGCAAUCAUGUAUGAACGCAGCAUCUGAGUGUUAAAAUGACGAAGGCGGUGCUAUCGCAGCUCCCUGCCAUUACACCCGCUACUUACCCGCUUCGGGACAAUUAUUCGCUCAUCUCUAAUCACGAGCCACACCUUCUGGACUCCUCAAUCUUUUGCCAGCACUAUAAACACACCACUAAUAGGAUAUGCUUUGCCAGUGUUACUUUUAAUACUUGACUACUUAAAUCCCUUGCAUUCACUUGUAUAUACCUGUGUUAUUUGAAAGCCUGUGGGAACGUCAUUGUUUUUUAGUUAAGGAUGUCUUUUAUUUGAAAUAAUGUAUA